CCAAUUGGUUCUUUUGGCGUGUUUUUUAGGUGGUUUUUUUUCGGUUCAUUGUUAUUCGGCUCCCAGCGCUGUUGCCUCACCCUUGCGUCCCUGAAGUGCGAGCCACCGGCUGCCGAAGCCUUAAUAACAUAAAAAACGCCUUAAUAACAUAAUGAAUGCCUUAAUGAGGCUAUUUCUUAAUUAGGGCCCUCUUAUUUCUGUAGUUGUUUAGGGAGAACCCAGGCUGUCAUCCCCUGGUCUAUUGUAUUUUGGAUUUUGUGCUAUGUUGUUUCACUUGGAGGUUGUCAUCAUCUUUUCUGUUGCUGCACCUGCCCCAGAAUUUCCAACUUCUUUUUUUCCUCCAGGAGCUUUUUUUUUUGUUUAUUUAUUUUGUUUUGUUUGUGUGUUUUUUACGGAGUAAUCUUUGAUGCUGUGAGAGCUCAGUAAAACGAAGAAGUCGUCACUGUAGAACUUCACAGUGAUGACUUUGUGUUUACGUGCCUGUUACUGCAAUAACAAACUCCUGAACCUGUUCCUCCUUAUAAAUGUGGUUUUAAAAGCAUCACCCCUUCACGAGGUGGUGGCUUGGUUUUUGGGGUCUGUGUCAUUCUCUGUGUUUCAGCACCAAAUUCGUGCCCUCUGCUGAGUGUGGGACAGUUUCUGCUUUUUUUCUUUGGUGAGGGUAAACAGAUUUUUUUUUUUUCUCUAAAAUGACAUUUUGAGGUAACAUUUGACAUGCCUUGUGCAGCUGCUGUGGGAGGCUGAGGAUUGAUGUACGUGUAUGGAAUGCAUUUAUCCCAUGGAAUUGAGGCAGCGAUUUACUGAAGGAGUUUGGGCUGAAUGAGACCUACACAGCCCACUUAAAAUGCUGUUUAUGUCUUCUACAGAGCAGCUUUCUUAGCAGUAGUAGAUUUGGUGACUGUAAAUUGACAGAUCUCUGUGAAGUCGUGGUUUCAGAUUCAUAAUCACCAAAAUUUACCAGAAUUUACUGUGAUGUUACCAGCAUGAUCAGGUUUAGGGUUUGAGGUGGGUUCUCUUGUGUGACUGUUUUCUAUCCUGUGCACUCCAGGCACUGUGUUGAUUCUGGAUUUGCUCUGAUUCUUCUCUAGAUAAUUUACUGCUGUAAAGGUUCUUUCAACUGUAGAUUUAUCCAUCUGUCUAACAGGUGCACAGACACACUGUAGAUUUUCAGAAAUGGCCAGCUGGUGUUGGGAAGAUGGAGAAGACUUUGAACAGAAUUCAUCCAGUUUCUGAUCCAGAAGCAACCUAUUUUCUACAGGUGUCAUGGGAAAAGGAUUUAGGCACUGGCUUUGGUUUACUUCUCAGUGACUGUCAGUGUGCCUGGACUGGGACAGUGUCUGAAUCAGACAUUUCUAGGGAGGCUGCUGACAUAGAAAUGGAGAGAGAAAAAUAUGUGGAAGAGCUGAGGAAAGCGCUGAUAGCUGGAGAAGAGUCAGCUGGCAAAUACAACUUUGUGAUUUCGAGGGAUGAGCAGAAUAAGGCCUGUCACUUCUCCUAUGAAAGGAACCUGAAAGACGGCUCUUUCAGACUUGGAUCUCUGAAGCUGCAGGAAGUCCCAAACCCAGCAGAGGUGAUCAAGGAACUCAUUGGUUACUGCCUGGACAGCCUGGGGAAGCUGCAAGCCAAAACUGAGCAUCUGCAGAGGGAAAAUGAAAGGCUUUUCAGCAACUGGAGCGAGGUGGAGAAGAGGCUGGAAAAAUGCGUGGAAGCCAAAGAGGAGCUGGAGGCAGACCUUUACAGCAGGUUUGUUUUGGUGCUGAAUGAAAAGAAGGCAAAGAUAAGGAACUUGCAGAAGCUGUUGAGUGAAGCUAAAGAAUCCGCAGCGGAUGCCAAGUGUGCCAGGGAUAGUAUAGCUGCUACUCAGGUGGUUGUAAAGAGAGAAAACAACUAUGAUGCCAGCACUGAUGAGGAAAGUGAAAAUCCAGCACGGGCCUCGUUGCCAUCAGCUCCAGAACGAAGGGAUUCCUCCCUGCUGGGCAGCCCAGACAUCGUGGACCCAGCUCCCAGGAGAAAACGAAGGCAAAGGACAGCAAAGCCUGCAGGGACAGGAGCUAAGGUGGCUGCUUACGAGGCAGAGCAGCCAGCCCAGGAAAAGCCCGGCCCGGCCUCCUCGGGGCAGCGCUGCCCGGACUGGGAUCUGGAAACCCUGGAGAACUCGUGUGGGCCAGAGGAGCUCUUCGAGGACAUGUAGCCACUGUGGGCCGGGCACAGGGACACUGCUGCUCCCUCCAGGGAUGAGUUAUCAGCUAGAAGGGUUUUUGUUACAGAACAAAGCCGCAACUUUUGCUCUGAGGCUCUGAACCCUCCUGCACCACGCUUCUUGCAGACCUUGGCCUGCUGCACCUCAUUUGUGGCCAAAACUGAGUUCAGCCCCUGUGUGGAGCUUUUCUCACCCGCAUGGGGGAAUUGAGGGCACUGUGGAUGUAUUUUUGCAUCCUCACAGCCUCUGGUUGUGCUCAGGAUCAACUAUUUCCUAAGCACCAGGCCUGGGGUGAUGCUAGACAUGUGCUGAGCUCAGUCUUUCCCCAGGCUUGGAUGGAUAACUCAGCUUCAUUUGCCAGGCUUGGAUGGAUAAAUCAGCUUUAUUUGAGGUGCAGGUGUGACUUUAGAUUGGUUCUGAAUCAAAGCAAACGUCCUUUUACUUGUGGCACUCCAGGUUUUGGGAGUAAAGUGCUACUAAGGUUGAUAUUGACUCUAUUUUAACUUUCUGUAGAAACCCACAGUGUUUAAAAUUGUGAUUUUUGAUACUUCAGCUUUUUCCUUAUGGCAAUUUCUUUAAAAAAAAGAAGAAAAUUAA